CACUACGCUUAACUAUUCCAAGUUACAUCAUACUAGCGCUCACCAAGGAACAACCUUUUUUUUAGGUUUUAUAGAUGCUGACGUGUGUGGCCCAGAUUUAAACUUCUUGCGUGUCCUAGAUUCCCCAUCUUCCUUAUAACGUUUGUCGCCACCAUCUUCAAACCCUCAAAAUGAUCAUCGCCAGAUCUGAGUUCAAAUCUUUGAGAAAAUUAAGAGAAAAUUUCAAUUUAAUUUGGUCUGGGAACCUGACCUUAAUCUAUCGGCGUUAAAGCAUUUACUCUAGACCAAUUGCGUGCGAUAUUUUCUUUUUGAUUUUCUGUUUCUAGCCAGAAAUUGCGCUAGAUCUAGUGAAGAAAAUUUCGUCGAUUUUUGGUUUUCGUUUGACGAGCUAGGGAUUUGGCAUCGAUUUAUUUCAUUUUUUUUUAUUGGAAAAAAGGAACUGGUUUUAUAAAUAUAUGUUUGGUUUUGGGUCUAAUCGGAUUGAUUGGAGUAAAUUAAAAGAAAAGAAAAAGGGAAACCCUAGGUCAGAUGGGAAAAGAUGAAAUCAAAUUGGAGGAUGUUGAAGAAGGUGAAAUUUCGGAUUCCGCUUCGAUAGAGGAGAUCAGUGAAGAAGAUUUUAACAAGCAAGAGGUUAAGAUUUUGAAGGAAUCGAAAUCGUCGAAAGGAGGGGAAGCGAAUUCGAAUUCUAGAGUUUGGACAAUGCAGGAUCUGUGCAAAUACCCUUCGGUUAUUCGAGGGUAUGCUUCGGGUUUGUAUAAUUUUGCUUGGGCACAAGCAGUUCAGAACAAACCUCUCAAUGAUAUUUUUGUUAAGGAGCUUGAACAACAACCACAACAAGACGAGAACAACAACUCCAAGCGAUCGUCACCCUCGUCUUCGGUGGCUUCUGUAAAUAGCAAAGAGGAGAAGGGCUAUAGCGGAAAUUCAGCUGAUAGAGUUGUGAUUGACGAUGAUACUGGGGACGAGAUGGAGGAAGACAAGAUUGUGAAUCUUGACAAAGAAGAAGGGGAGUUGGAGGAAGGGGAGAUUGAUUUGGAUUCAGAACCAGUGAAAGAAAGGGUUUUGAGUAGUGAGGAUGGUAAUGUUGGUAUCUCGGAUGAGUUGGAAAAGCGAGUUAACCUGAUUCGGGGAGUACUGGAAGGGAUUACUGUGAUUGAAGCAGAGAAAUCGUUCGAAGUAGUUUGUUCUAGACUGCAGAAUGCUUUGGAGAGCUUGCGAGGAUUGGUAUUUGAAUAUGGUGUUCCCACAAAGGACACCCUUAUUGAACUGGCAUUUGGAGCAGUUAAUUCUGCAUUCGUUGCUCUGAAUAGUAAUUUGAAGGAGCAGAAUGUGUCCAUUUUAUCAAGGCUACUUUCUGUCGUAAAGGGUUUUGAUCCUCCUCUGUUUCCUCUUGACAAGAUGAAAGAGAUAGAGGUGAUGCUGCUAUCGCUGAAUUCCCCUGUUAGAGCAAUUGACUCGGAGAAAGAGAUUAAGAUUGUUAAUAAGAAGGAUCCUGAUGCUUUAGCUGAAAAUGUUGGUCAUGAUUUGACCGUCACAAAUAAGUUGCCUUUAUCUGUUGACUCCGAAAUUCAUAAUAUGCCAAGUAUGUUAACAGAAGCUUUGAAGCCUGGAGUACCUAAUUUUAGGAACAAAGGUCUUUCACUACCCCUGCUAGACCUUCACAAGGAUCAUGAUGCAGACAGCCUUCCUUCGCCUACUCGAGAAACAACACCAUGUUUACCUGUACUCAGGCCAUUGACUACUGGAGAUGGUAUGGUUAGAUCUGGAUCUAUGAUGGCUAAGGGUUUGCCUGAUGAAGAACGUAAUAAAAUGCAUCCUUAUGAAACGGAUGCCCUCAAAGCCUUUUCCAGCUAUCAAAGAAAAUUUGGUCGAGGUUCUUUCUUUUCAAGUGAUAGACUUCCUAGCCCAACCCCUUCUGAAGAAUCCGGUGAUGAGGGUUGUGAUACUGGUGGGGAGGUUUCUAGUUCCUCCAGCAUUGGUAAUUUUAAACCAAAUCUGCCUGUUAUGGGGCAUCCAAUUGUUUCCUCGCCACCUCAUAUUGAUAGUGCCAGUUUGACUUCCAGCAUGCAGGGACAGUUUACAACUCAAAAUGCCACACCUGUGACCGUGAGUUCUGCAUCUAGUAUACUGUCAAAAGCUUCAGCAAAAAGCAGAGACCCUAGACUUCGGUUUGCCAACUCUAAUGUGAGUGCUUUGGAUCUAAACCAACGGCCCUUGCAUAAUGCAUCUAAAGUGCCACCUGUUAGUGUAAUAAUGGAUCCAAGAAAGAAAAAGAGCACGGAAGAACCUGUUCUAGAUGGUCCUGCACCCAAAAGACAGAAGAACGAGUUGGAAAAUUUUGGGGUUAGGGAUGUUCAAGCUGUGUCUGGAAAUGGUGGGUGGUUAGAGGACACUGAUAAUUGUGGGUCUCAGAUAACAAACAGAAACCAAACCAUGGAGACUUUGGAUUCCAAUUCCCGGAAAAUGGAACAUGGAGUAACUUGUUCAAGUACUCUAAGUGGGAAAACCAAUACGACUGUCAAUAAAAAUGAGCAGGUGCCACUGACAGGCAUGAGUAACCCUUCUUUGCCUGCUUUGUUGAAAGAUAUUGCAGUAAAUCCUACCAUGCUGAUAAAUAUACUUAAGAUGGGACAACAGCAGAGAUUACCAUCUGAAUCCCAGCAUAAAACUCCUGAUGCUCUAAAAAAUACAUUGUAUCAGCCAAGCUCAAAUCCAGUUCUGGGAGUCGUUCCCCCAGGAAAUGUUAUUCCCUCGCCCUCUGUUAACGUUGUUCCCUCAACCUCAUCUGGUACUUUGUCAAAACCUGCAGGAAAUCUUCAGGGUCCUCCUUUGGACGAGUCUGGCAAAAUUCGCAUGAAACCUCGUGAUCCCCGCCGUGUUCUCCAUGGCAACGUGCUUCAAAAGACCAGUAGCGUAGGACCUGAUCAAUUAAAAACAAAUGGGACCUCCCCUGCAUCAAGUACCCUGGGAAGCAAGGACAAUAUGAAUGCCCAAAAACAGCUUGAGAAUCAGAUAGAAGCUAAGCCAAUACAAUGUCAGCUUGUUCCACCCCCAGAUAUUACCCAGCAAUUUACCCAAAGUCUGAAAAAUAUUGCUGGUAUGAUGUCUGGUCCGCAAUCAUUUGCCAGUCUGCCAGCAGUGUCCCAGAAUUUAGUCUCCCAACCAAUACAAGUGAAGUCUGAAACCACGGAUAAGAACACGAAAGGUUCUAAUUGUGAGGAUCAGCAGACUGGGACUGGUACAGCGCCUGAAGUAGGUGUAACAUGUCCUCCUCCUUCACAGAAUGCAUGGGGAGAUGUCGAACAUCUCUUUGAAAAAUAUGAUGAUCGGCAAAAGGCAGCUAUCCAGAGAGAAAGGGCAAGGAGGAUAGAAGAGCAAAAGAAAAUGUUUGCUGCUCGCAAACUCUGUCUUGUCCUGGAUCUGGAUCAUACACUUCUUAAUUCAGCCAAAUUUAUUGAAGUAGACCCAGUGCAUGAAGAAAUCUUAAGAAAGAAAGAGGAACAGGAUCGUGAAAAACCACAGAGACAUCUUUUCCGCUUUCACCAUAUGGGAAUGUGGACCAAAUUGCGACCUGGAAUCUGGAAUUUCUUAGAGAAGGCUAGUAAGUUGUAUGAGCUGCAUCUUUAUACGAUGGGAAACAAACUUUAUGCAACGGAGAUGGCAAAAGUGCUUGACCCGAAAGGGGUUUUGUUUGCUGGACGAGUUAUUUCUAGGGGUGAUGAUGGUGAUCCCUUUGAUGGUGAUGAGAGGGUUCCCCGGAGUAAGGAUCUUGAAGGGGUUCUGGGUAUGGAAUCAUCUGUGGUUAUCAUUGAUGACUCUAUGAGAGUCUGGCCUCAUAAUAAACUUAACUUGAUUGUUGUAGAGAGGUAUACUUAUUUUCCUUUUAGUAGGCGCCAAUUUGGUCUUUUAGGUCCAUCUCUUCUUGAGAUAGACCAUGAUGAGCGACCUGAAGAUGGGACUUUGGCUUCUUCUUUGGCGGUUAUUGAGAGAAUACACCAGAAUUUCUUUUCACAUCAGAAUUUAGAUGAUCUGGAUGUUAGAAAUAUCCUAGCAACAGAACAAAGGAAGAUUUUGUCUGGUUGUCGUAUAGUAUUUAGCAGGGUGUUUCCUGUAGGUGAAGCCAAUCCUCACCUACAUCCACUGUGGCAGACAGCGGAGCAAUUUGGGGCUGUGUGCACAAAUCAGAUAGAUGAGCAUGUUACACAUGUGGUGGCUAACUCUCUCGGAACAGACAAGGUGAAUUGGGCUCUAUCUACUGGAAAAUUUGUUGUUCACCCGGGCUGGGUGGAAGCAUCAGCACUGCUCUAUCGGAGGGCAAAUGAGCAUGACUUUGCCAUUAAACCAUAAAUAAUCACCACCUCCCUAAUCAUUUUCCUGAUAAAACUAAUACCUGAUAAAAAUCAAGAGUCAAAUACAUGAAAGUGGGAGAUGGAAAACCGUCAGGUAUUUUUUGGGGUUGGUUGACGUUGGGAUGGAGAGCACCCCCCGUGAUUUUCACUUUUUAACACAUUGUCCACUCUCUUUGGUUGGCAAUUGCAGACUUCCCCUUCGAUUGCCAACCUGAUGAAAGGAGUUACAUGAACCGGUUUGAUUUUGACAGAGUGCAUAGAAAUUUUUUUCUGCCCUUAGAGCUGCAAAUUCCCCUUAAUGAUGGCUUUUUAGGAUUUGAAAAGAUGACCUGGUUGAGCAUGGUUAAAAGGGCAGCUUUCAUUAAUGCUCAACUCUCUUGCGGUACUAAUAAACUGACAAAUGCCUAAUUUUGUAAAAAUGAAAUGCAAUUAAUUGAAGGGAAAAAAAUAGUUGAAAGGAGUGAGUGUUAAGAAGUAAAAUGAAAUCAAAGAUGAUUAGAAAUGAAAGGAAUGUCAAGAGAGGAGAGCUUGAUGGUCGCCAACCAAAUAGGUUGGGGUGAUUGAGCAGAUGGGAGCCAACCAAAUAGGUUGGGGUGAUUGAGCAAAUCGGAGUAGGUACGGCGUGGGAUUUAGGGGCUGUACUGUCUAGCAUUGAAACAUAAGAAUCUCAACAGAUAGUGUUUUUAAUUCUAAUGUAAUAUAUUAUUUAUUAUUAUUCAUUAUUAUUUGUUUUGUGGUUGUUAA